GCUUGUUCCAAGUCCAAGUUGUGAAGUGUGAAGAUUUGUACAUUGACAUGACGGAGCACGAAAGCACGAUUGACCUCAAUCCAGCGGCGGACGAGAUUAUCGACGACAGCAUGGCAGUAGACGAUGCCCCUGCUGUAAAGAGAAAGGGAAGAGGAUUUGCUUCUACGGCAGAAUCCCGCGUUUCAAAUAAAUACGACAGCUAUGAUCGUAUGGAUGAGGACUCAACCGUCCAAGUUUCUACAAAUGCUCAGAGAUCCGUCGAAGGUUGGAUCGUCGUUGUUACCGGCGUGCACGAGGAAGCUGAUGAAGAGGCUGUUACAGAAAAGUUCGCAGAAUACGGAGAGAUAAAAAACUUGCACCUUAAUCUCGAUAGACGAACAGGUUAUGUUAAGGGCUAUGCGCUAAUUGAAUACGAGACAUACAAAGAAGCCAAAACAGCAAUCGACAGCGCCAACAACACCCAAUUCUAUGAACAAACCAUCCACGUAGACUUCACAUUUGUACGACCUCCAGAAGGUUCCGGCAGACAACCAGACCGUAGAGAUAGUAGAAGACGUCAACGAAGUGCUAGCCCAGGCAAGAGAUGGUAAUUUGUGCUUAAUGCACCAUCUUCGGCAGCAAUAUCAAUCCGAUAACAUCGAGUUGCCAUAUUACAAUUAAAAGACAAAAAUAAAAAAUUACUUCUGUAUCAAUGACGUCGUCAGGAUUUCAAUGUCCC